AUGGCGAAAUCGGACAUGAUAAAUGAUUACGCCGAGAAACUUUCAAAGUUGGAAAGGGAGCAAAGUAUAAUUGAUAGAGCACCCUUUCGUCAUUUGAAAAUUACUGAUGCACAAAUUUUAGAUUCGAUAGAAGGCAGAGAGAUAUGUGGUCGUUGUUAUAAAUCACGAAAGUUCUUUUGUUAUUUGUGUUGUUUGCCAGUUAUCAAUGAAAAGUACUUUCCAAAAGUGAAGUUGCCAAUUAAGAUUGAUAUUGUUAAACAUGCCCGUGAAAUUGAUGGGAAAAGCACAGCGAUUCAUGCAGCUGUGCUUGCACCAAACGAUGUGAGAAUUUUUAUAUAUCCUGAUUUCCCUGAAAUAGUAGAUAAGGAAGAGACUGUAUUAAUUUUUCCUAGCCAAACUGGCAAAACUAUUGAGUCACUCUUUAAAAAGGAGAUUAAACAAGGGGAUACAGUCAUCAUAAAUAGGAUACAAAAUGAAUUUCCUAUAAAAAGGGCUAUAUUCAUUGACAGUACGUGGCAUCAAACAAAAGCAAUUUAUAAAGACCACAGAUUUAGAGAUUUGCAGUGUGUCAUAUUAAAAUCAAGAAUAUCACAAUUUUGGCGACAUCAAAAGAAGAGUCCCAGGUGGUAUUUAGCUACAGUUGAAGCAAUUCAUCAGUUUUUAGUAGAAUUACAUACAUGUGCAUUUGGCAUACUAGAAGGCUAUGCUGAGUGGGAUGAUUCUACUAUAAAAGCAAUGAAUGGAGAGUUACCUGACACAGAUCAGAGAUACAAAGGUCAAUACGAUGAUCUUUUAUAUUUUUUUAAGUAUAUGUAUGAAAAAAUUCAUACUAUGUAUGACCAUGAUAAGUUAUGGGCUUAUAAAAGGCCAUUAAUAUAA